CCCCGGCUAUCUUCUCCCGCGAACCAAGACCACCAAUCACCCACGCCUCACCGCUUCCGACGUCGGUCGUUGUUUCCCGGCGGAACGCGCCCCGUUCCGCCGCCGCUGCAGCGGCCAUGGCACUCAUACAGAGGAGGAGAAACCCUGUGCUCUGAUCGCCGUCGUCAUCGUUCGCCGCCGCUGCCGCCGCAGCACACGCCCGAUGGGCAACGUCUGCGUCGGCCCGCGCCGCAGCUUCGCCAAGAACGGCUUCUUCAGCACCAUCUCCGGAUCCAUUUGGCGCAACCGCCCCGCCGCCUCGAGUAGCCCCUCCGAGCCUACCACCACCUCCCGCUCCGUCCCCGUUGUACAGCCCAUCGCCUCGGCUCCUUCCCCCGAGGUUAAGCCGCCUGCGCCUGAGCCAACCCCUACGGCCCCUCCAGCACCCAUCGUUAUCUCCGAACCGGCGAGACCGCCUCCCCAACAGCACCCUCCGCCAGCGGGGACAGAAGCCGAUACCCCGCCUGCUCCUCCACCGUCGCAGCAGCAGCCGUCAUCGCAACCGGCUCAGCCGCAGCCGAGACAGCAGUCGCGGCCCAAGAAGCCGGCGGGGCACAUCAAGCGCAUCUCCAGCGCCGGGCUGCAGGUGGAGUCGGUCCUCCGGCGUAAGACCGACAACCUCAAGGACAAAUAUAGCCUCGGCCGGAAGCUGGGGCAGGGGCAGUUCGGCACGACAUACCUGUGCGUGGACAAGGCAACUGCUCUGGAGUACGCGUGCAAGUCUAUCGCCAAGCGGAAGCUCAUCACCGACGAGGACGUUGAGGACGUUCGGCGGGAGAUCCAGAUUAUGCACCACCUCGCGGGCCACCCGAACAUAAUCUCCAUCCGGGGAGCCUAUGAGGACGCCGUGGCGGUGCACGUCGUGAUGGAGCUGUGCGCCGGCGGGGAGCUGUUCGACCGGAUCGUGCGCAGGGGGCACUACACCGAGCGGCAGGCUGCCGAGCUCGCCCGUGUUAUCGUGGCCGUCGUUGAGUCGUGCCACUCGCUGGGUGUAAUGCACCGCGACCUCAAGCCCGAGAACUUCCUCUUCGUGGGCAACGAGGAGGACGCGGCGCUCAAGACCAUCGACUUCGGCCUCUCCAUGUUCUUCCGACCAGGCGAGAUAUUCAGCGACGUUGUGGGGAGCCCGUACUACGUGGCGCCGGAGGUGCUCAAGAAGAACUACAGCCAGGAGGCUGACGUGUGGAGCGCCGGCGUCAUUGUGUACAUCCUGCUCUGCGGCGUGCCUCCGUUCUGGGCAGAGACAGAGCAAGGGAUAUUCGAGCAGGUGCUGCACGGCACGCUAGACUUCGAGUCGGACCCGUGGCCCAGCGUCUCGGAAGGCGCUAAGGACCUGCUCCGGAAGGUGCUCGUCAGGGACCCCAAGAAGCGGCUCACCGCGCACCAAGUUCUCUGCCACCCAUGGCUGCAGAUGAGCGGCGAAGCACCUGACAAACCGCUCGACUCGGCGGUUCUCUCGCGCCUCAAGCAGUUCUCGGCGAUGAACAAGCUCAAGAAGAUGGCGUUGAGAGUGAUUGCCGAGAACUUAUCUGAGGAGGAGAUUGCAGGGCUCAAGGAGAUGUUCAAGAUGAUGGACACCGACAAUAGUGGGCAGAUCAACUACGAGGAGCUCAAGGCUGGGCUUGAGAGGGUUGGUGCCAACAUGAAGGAGUGUGAGAUAUCUCAGCUCAUGCAGGCUGAGAUGCUAAAGAAUAUCUAGGAGGUAAAUCAAGCUACUCCCCUAGUUGGGCUUGCUAAAGACCAAGCAUGAAGUGUCUAGCCCGGGCCCAGCCCAAAACCCAAACAUUUACUAAACACAGGCUGGUCAAUAAAGCGGAAGGCCUGGCCCAAAGUCGGUUGGCUGUGAAAAAUAUCACGGAAACAUCACUAUAGUAUAACAUUCUGUAAUCUAAGAAAGAGGUAGAAUAUUAGGCAAGGAAGGUUCACAUAAAAGAACAACAACAUAUAUAUAUUCAACAAGCAUGUAUUCACUAUUCAACAAGCAUAUGCAUUACACAAUUGUUCCAAGCGUAAACACAAAAUCAUAAUCAUUAUCCCACGCACACAAACUUGAAAUCUUGAACACCAUACCGAGUUAAAAUAACAACAUGCAACGAAAUUCCAAGUUGCAACACAAGCAUACCAGCCACAAGUUCAAUCCCAACACUACAUGCUUGAUGUCUACCUCAUCCACAUUAGAAAACCGAAAUAGAUCAAAUACUAUCAUUACACAUAGCAAACUUUCCAUCCAUCUUAGAAGUUUUAGUGUUCACAUCGAUUAAAACAUCAACCAUCAAACCUCACAGCCAUGAGCCUCCGACUUCAAUGGCUAGUUACAAGAUCACACAUUUUCCCUUGUUUCAAGAUACAAUAUUUAGGAUAUGAAAGUUAGUUAGUACAAAAGACAAACAUACUAACUAACAAUAAAGUUAUAGCAUUUAAUGUAGUAGUUACUAGUUAAAUUAAAAAACAGAUUUGUUCGUUAACUUUAGAAGGGGCCUUCAAAGACUAUGCUUUCACUUCCCAUAUUUCGGUUGCUAUAUUGUGUUGUAUACAAGACAUUAAAGAACACACGUUAUAUAGCUAUCGGCCAAACAAUAACAGUAAAUAAUUUUUUGGCUCAUAAUAAGAGUUGUCUCAGAAGCAAUGGCCAAAGGUGGGGAUAACUACAAUACUACCAACUGUAAGCGCUAGCUUGAGAUAUCUCAUAGAUGCCUUACUCCAAUACUCUACAAUGUUCAAAUCCUCAUUCAGUUGUCUAGUUGGUUCCUUCUAGUACAUGUCCAGCUAUGAAUUUUAUUUGUGUGUUUGGCUAGUACUCAUGAAAGACUAAUCAUUGAAGAUGUAUGUCGUACCUCCACAAGUCAUAUGACCAGCCAUAUCGGAUGAACAAUUCCUACCAGCGAAGCCUUCAUACUCGUUGAAAAAAUUGAAAAAAUUAUUUCGAACUUCAUGAACUCAAUUUGAGCAUCUCCAGGUUAAUGUAGGUUGUUAUUGCAAAUUCUUAUAAAUCCUAAUUCAUAGCACAAAUCAAGAACAACAACACAUGAAAGAAACACAUUGUAAUCAAGGCAAUAUUUUUCAAACUUUUGUUUCAUA